CUGAUAAAUGAAUCAGUAAAGAGAGCAGAGAGUUAAAGUGUUUGUGUAACACAGAGAUGUGAUCCUGCUCACCGCGAGUUCACGUUACUUUCACUGUGUUUUAUAAAGAUUUAAAGCUUAAAGUGUCUGGAAACAGGAAAGCUUUAGAGCUGCAGUAUGGCUGAGGAGGACGAAGAGGAUGAGUUCUGCACCACUCUGGCCUACAGCAGGAGCCGAAAAACCUCCCGAAGAACCACCUUCCAGGACGAGCUGGAAGCAGCGGUUAAUGAGAGAGCUGUCAGGAACAGAGUUUCUCAUUUGAACUUUGAUGACGAAGACGAUGAUGGUGAUGUCUUCAACGAUCUGCUGAAAACGAGGAGGAAGAAGAUCAACAUGUUCAAAACUGCAAGAAUAAAAACUUCGAUCAAUGACUUUAAACUAUCAGAUGAGGAGGAGGAGAACAUCAGACCCAAAAAAGUCUCAUUCCUGAAGAGCCAGAGGAACUCUGACAAUCUCAAAUCAGACACUCACAGAUUGGAUGCUUUAAGAUCAGAUACUCUCAGAUCAGAUACUCUCAGAUCGGAUGUUUUAAGAUCAGAUACUCUCAGAUUGGAUACUCUCAGAUCGGAUGCUUUAAGAUCAGAUACUCUCAGAUCAGACACUCUCAGAUUGGAUGCUUUAAGAUCAGACACUCUCAGAUCAGACAGAAGUAUGAACAAGGGUCAGAGUCAAGACAGAAGUCACCAAGACUCAGAGAUGACCUCACACUCUGAAUCACCUGUACAAUGGAACAGCCAAUCAGAAUCUCCCUCAGUGAGGAAGAACCAAUCAGAGUCUUCUGCCUGCAGGAAGAGCCUGUCAGAAUCGCCCAUGCCUCUGUAUUCAGAGAACAGCCAAUGGGAAUCAAACUCUGAGUGUGUGUUAGAGGCCAUACCCCCGACACCUGCCCCCCGUCAGAGAGCUCCUCACUCACCUAUCAGUGCACAUGAUGAAAAGGACAGACGAACACAAACUCCACCCAGCAGAGCUGCUACGUCGCCUGUAUCCAACACCUCCAUGUCCUCUCAGACCGCAAGGAAUUCUGGGAGCAACACCAAACAGGAGGUUGAGUCUGUGACAGUGAACACAGGCUCCAGGUCACUAGAGGGCGCCGAGGGUACAGAUUUCUCAGCAGCAGAACAGAGAAAAGAGGAAGAAUAUAAGCAGAGUUCAGAAUUCUCUCCUGUAACAGACAGUGAAAUGUCCACCACAUGGCGAGCCAGAUCUUCAGCUUCCACACCAGGAAGCUCCAAAAAGUCCAGGAGCACCUCAUCGUACAGCGUAGAGUCCAGAUAUCUGGGGACGUUAAAGGUUCUGGAGCAGAAUUUGUGUUUACAGGAGACGGGAUUGGACACUGCAGAUUCCCUAAGAGCAACCGUUUAUCAGGACUGGCUCAAGAAGAAAGAAGAGAAACUGCAGGUGACAUUUAGAUCUAAAAAACAAGAAGAAAAACUGAAAGAGGAGAAAAAAAUUGAGGAGGAGACAAGGAAGAAAGCUGAAGCUAAAGCCUCUUAUGAAGCCUGGAAAGAAAAGAAACGUGAAGCACUGAGAGAGAAGAUCAGAGAAAAACGGGAGUUGAUGCAAAAGCUGCAGAAAGAGAUGGACGAUAAAGAGGAAAGGAAAGAAACUGCAAAACGGGUUUUUGAGAAAUGGAAGCGAGAACAUGAUGACCUCCGUCGUAAGCAGCUCCAGAAACAGGUGCAGACUGAAAGCAGGCUGAAAGAGAAAAAAGAGAAGGAGAAAGAGCAGAAGGAAAGAGAGAGCAGUUCUUCAUUCACUCAGUGGAGUGACAGGAAGAAGGCGGUCACUGAGGACAAGCUGAAGUCUGAACGCAGGAAGAAGGAAAUAAAAGCGAUCGAGGAGAACUAUGAGAAGGAAGAAAGAGAAAGGACGGCGCUGGACAUGUAUGAAAAAUGGCUGAGAAAGAAAGAGUUUCAGCAGAAACAAGAGCAAAGAGGAAAAAAGACGAAGGUGACUGUGGUGGAGGAGCCACCGCCCCCGUGGAGCCCCCCGAACAAAACCAUCCCGUUUGGCAAAUAACAGCAUAUCUCUGGAUCUAUACGUUCACCGGUCACUUUAUUAGGAACACAUCUGCUCACAGCUGCUACCACAUCAGCCAGGCGUGUAUAUCAGGAGCACGAUGCAAAAAAUCCUGCAAAUUGAGGUCACGGGUUUGAGUGUCUGAGAAACUGCUGAUCUCCUGGGAUUUUCACACACAUCACUUUUUACAGUUUACACAGAACGGUGCAAAAAAAAAACAUCCAUCAGUUCUGUGAGUGGAAAUGCUUGUUGAUGAGAGAGAUCAGAGGAGAAUGAAGAUGAGUCUGAGCUGACAGGACGUCUGUAGAUGACUUGCAACCACGUGAUCAAAAUGUGCUAUGUCAUGAGCGUCCGCUAUGAUGGUGGAUAUACAAAGCAUCUAGGAUGGCAGCCACUCAAAGCGUGUCUGUAAAUAAUGCUGAAUUUUCUCAGUAUUACCACGAUUUCAAUGGUUGAGCGAAGAUUCAAUACAAAGAGAAGAUAGAUAUGUGUGGUUUUGACCCAUAUUGUUUUAAAAAGUCAGACUUUUCUGAAGAUAAGACACUUCUACCGACCAUCGAGUACCCAAAUAUCACGUUCUAUCUGGUUUGCCUGCUGAAGAAUCAAGUCUGACUUUGGACAAAACAUAGCCCAUUUUCUGAGUGGGUGCCCAGUCUGGAUUGUUUCUAUCGUAUAAUUUUGCUGGCACUCCAAGAAGCAAAAUGGUAAUAUGCGUGUUAAAAUUAUAAUAAUGAGCAAGUGAACCACGACAAGAGAACGCUCAUUUUAUAGCAAAAUUCUAGCAACAUGAAAUUAAAUUCUUCCAUGAUAUUAUUGAGAGAGCUUUUGAAUCUCACCUGAGAUAAAAUGAUUACUGCAAACACGAGCUGUUUUGGUUUUAGCCUCUGUUAGAUCAGCCCUGUUGAUGUUGUUCAGCCGUGCUCGUCUCCUCUCCGUACUAAGUCUCAUUGUUUCCUUGCCCUCUUUCCGAAUCAUGGAUGGAAUUCUAAAAAAUCGGAACAUGCCACGGUCACGAGUACUGUUGUGACCACAACCAUAUACAGCACAAAGAUAUGGCAUAGCUCAAAGAACACUUAAAGCAGUGGAAAAACAAAGAGAGUUGUGCACACAUGAUUAUGUUUUGUAUGGAAUGUCGCUUGACCCCGCAUUUGUAUAUCCACUAACAUGUCCGACAUCCAGGUUUCUAUUUUGCUUUGAUGUCACUUGCAAGUUAAGGAUAGUAACUAAAAUAAACACUCUUUACACAGGCUUCCUACACAGUA